GCCGCCGCAGGACGGCGGCGGCGGCCGGGAGAAGGGCGAGCCGCCCAUGGGCCCCGACGGCGGGCCGGCGGCGCCGCGGCCGCCCAGCGCCAAGCAGCAGAAGGAGGAGAGCAACAACCAGGAGAAGGAGAGCCUGCUGAGGGCCGGCGGCGAGGCGGAGGACGGCGGCGAGGCGGGCGGCGCGGGGCGCCGGGAGUUCAUCGAGGCCCCGCCGCCCAAGGUGAACCCCUGGACGAAGAACGCGCCGGCCGUGAACGGACAGUCGCCUCCCGAUAUAUUUCCAACUGACAGCCAGUCUGAACUUACAACUCCAGCAAAAGUGGUGAGGGCUGCCAACCCAAGACAGCGGAAAGGAAGCAAGGUUGGUGACUUUGGUGAUGCCACAAAUUGGCCAACACCUGGAGAAAUAGCCCACAAGAGUGUCCAGCAGCCGCACAAAGCACCAACCCUUCGGAAACUGCCUGUCAAGAAAGACAUGAAAGAGCAGGAGAAGGGGGAUGGGAGCGAUGGCAAAGAGAGCCUGAAAACCAAAUCAGAUGAGUCGGGGGAGGAGAAGAACGGUGAUGAUGACAACCAGAAGUCAGCACAGAAGAAGAAAGGCAACAAACACAAGUGGGUCCCUUUGCAGAUAGACAUGAAGUCAGAGGUGCCUAGGGACAAAACCGCCUCUCGGAACAACCGGCAGAACGAGCAGCACAGGCACCCCUCCAACAACCGCAGCGAGCUGAAAGGCUGGCACCCAGACAACAAGCAUGAACGCAGCUGGCAGGACCACGACGAGACCUCCAGCGUGAAGAGCGAGGGAGGGGCCGUGCGAGGGACCUUCCGGGGCCGAGGCCGGGGCCGUGGCAGGGGCCGUGGCCGUGGCAGAGGAGGGCACUUCGACUACCAGUAUGGGUACCGGAAAUUCGAGGGCUCGGAUGGCUCCCGCACCCAGAAGUACGCCAGCAACAUCACCUACUACUUCGACAACAUCAGCAGUGCUGAGCUCUACAGCGUGGACCAGGAGCUGCUCAAAGACUACAUCAAGAGGCAAAUAGAAUAUUACUUCAGCGUGGACAACCUGGAGCGAGACUUCUUCCUGCGCCGCAAGAUGGACUCGGACGGCUUCCUCCCCAUCACCCUGAUCGCCAGCUUCCACCGAGUGCAGGCACUGACCACCGACAUCAGCCUCAUCAUCAAGGCUCUGAAAGACAGCAAGGUGGUGGAAAUUGUGGAUGAGAAGAUCAGGAGAAAAGAGCAGCCAGAAAAAUGGGCUCUGCCUGGCCCUCCUAUGGCAGACUACACUCAGACUGACUUCUCACAAUUCAUCAAUUGCCCUGAGUUUGUCCCCCGGCAAAGCUUCCAAAAAGAGACAGAGUCUGCUCCUGGCUCCCCACGUCCUGCCAGCCCCGUCCCCACCAAAACAGAGGAGGUCAGUAACCUGAAGACAAUGCCCAAGGGCCUGUCCACAAGUCUGCCAGACCUGGAUUCAGAGACGUGGAUUGAAGUGAAGAAGAGGCCUCGGCCUUCCCCAGCCAGGCCCAAGAAACCAGAGGAGUCAAAGACACCCCAGCAGCAAAAGCAAAAGGACCAAGAUGAGCCUGAGGAGCUCGACUUCCUCUUCGACGAGGAGAUGGAGCAGAUGGAUGGCCGCAAGAACACCUUCACCGACUGGUCAGAUGAAGAUUCAGAUUACGAGAUCGACGACCGCGACGUGAACAAGAUCCUCAUCGUGACGCAGACGCCUCCUUACCUACGCCGGCAUCCUGGUGGGGACCGGACUGGCAACCACACCUCCCGGGCUAAAAUGAGCUCGGAGCUGGCCAAGGUGAUCAAUGAUGGGCUCUACUACUACGAGCAGGACCUGUGGACAGAGCAGUUCGAGCCAGAGUAUUCACAGAUCAAGCAAGAGGUGGAGAACUUCAAGAAGGUGAAUAUGAUCAGCAGGGAGCAGUUUGACACCUUGACCCCAGAGCCCCCUGUGGAUCCAAACCAAGAAGUCCCUCCAGGUCCCCCCAGGUUCCAGCAAGUACCUACAGACGCUUUGGCCAACAAGCUGUUUGGAGUCCCUGAGCCUUCCACCAUCGCCCGGUCUUUGCCCACGACUGUACCAGAAUCACCCAACUACCGCAACGCCAGGACCCCCCGCACCCCCCGCACGCCGCAGCUGAAGGACCCGACACAGACGCCCCGGUUCUACCCCGUGGUGAAAGAGGGCAGGACGAUAGAUGCCAAGACUCCACGGAAAAGGAAGACGAGGCACAGUUCGAACCCUCCGAUGGAGUGCCACGUGGGCUGGGUGAUGGACUCUCGGGAGCACAGGCCACGAACCGCCUCCAUCAGCUCCAGCCCCUCGGAGGGGACUCCAGCUGUCGGGAGCUACGGCUGCACCCCACAGUCCCUGCCCAAAUUCCAGCACCCUUCACACGAGCUGCUCAAGGAGAACGGCUUCACACAACACGUCUACCACAAGUACCGUCGGCGCUGCCUUAACGAGCGGAAACGACUGGGCAUUGGUCAGUCCCAGGAGAUGAACACGCUUUUCCGGUUCUGGUCCUUCUUCCUCCGAGAUCACUUCAACAAGAAAAUGUAUGAGGAGUUCAAGCAACUGGCUGUGGAGGACGGAAAGGAGGGAUACAGGUAUGGUCUGGAGUGCCUUUUCAGAUACUACAGCUACGGGCUGGAGAAGAAAUUCCGGCCAGACAUAUUUAAGGACUUCCAAGAAGAGACCAUCAAGGAUUACGAAGCUGGGCAGCUCUAUGGGCUGGAAAAGUUCUGGGCCUUCUUAAAAUAUUCCAAAGCCAAAAAUCUGGACAUUAACAGCAAACUGCAAGAAUACCUCAGCAAGUUCAAGCGCCUCGAGGACUUCAGAGUAGAUCCACCCAUGGGGGAGGAAGGUGGACACAAGAGAUACCCUUCGACAUCAGGGGGAGAUGGCAGGAAGCGCUACCCAUCCCAGUCUUCCAGCAAAACGGUCAGCCAGUGCCCAUCCAGCCAAGCCCACGCCUCACCCAGCCAGCCUGCACAAGAGGAUGCCAAAAACCUGAGCCAGCAAUCCCCUGCCCCAUCGGCCGCAGAGUCGCAGACAGUGGGGAAGUAGAGAGGCUGCAGCGUCUGCUUCCUGCCGGGGGAUGGGGUGGGUUGGUGGGGGACUGGCUUGGAGAAGGGAAGACAUGAGGGGGUGGGACAGGAAGGGAGCUGGAAGGUGGGUGCCCAGGAAUAGGCUGCUUGGGAGAAACUUCAACGCACACGAUCUUCUUCUCUUGUGGCUGGAAAGCAAAGACUAUCUACAUCUAAAACACCAUUUUGCUAUUACAACCCUGACCAGAGCCAGACCCACUCCCAGCAGACCCACCCUUUCCUUUCCCUUCCCUCCCCUCCUGUGCACAUACUCAUGUCUUAGCGUCUCUUCAAAAAAAAAAAAAAUGUGUUCUGGUUGGGUUGGAAAGGGGAGAUUUUUUUAUUAUUAUAUAUAUAUAUCAAGUUUUAAAUUAUUGCUAGAAGUUCGUCUGGAUUUACCAAAACAAGUCUGCUCUGUGUGGCCCCAACGACUCCCCUCUGUGUCCCCCCUCGGAUCUCGCGGGGCAGCCGCUCAGGAAGCUCGGAGGAGCGAGGUUCCCCAGUGGGGGACCGAAGCCACAGCGUGUCACGAUGCUGCGGAGCCUCUGAUCUCCAUGACCCGGCUGGCGUCUCCCAUUCCACGUACGGCGGUGCCUCUCCCGACACCGACCACUGCGACAGGAGCAUCGCCCUGUUCGUCCUCCUGCUCCCUUCCCAGCCCCAACGUCUUUGCCUUCCCGAGGGUCUGGCUCUUCCCUCUGCCCACCUCUCCCUUCUGUCACGGACAAUUUGGAAGUCAACCAAAGGACCUUUGCCAAGGAUAGGCUUGUUCUGACUCCUUCCUACGAGGAUGGCUGCUUGGGAGGCUGGCAGGCACCUGGACUCGAGCCUGCGUGGACGGUGCAUCCACUGCCCCAGGAAUGCCCAUCGCAUGCAAAGACAGGACUUUGCCGAAGGAGCUUUUCUCUUCCUUUUCCCUUGGAAAAAAUGACAUGACAUAAAAAAAACCCCACAAACCCCUCUAAAAAAAAAAAACGACAAAAAAACUCUCUAAAAAGACACAUCUCCCUUUGCUUUCUUCCUUGGAAAUAUUAUUGAAGAAAAAGAAAAACAAACAAACAAAAAAAACAAACAAAAAAACCCCAAAAACACAGAAAAAAAAAGUUGCCUUAUGGUGGAGCUGGACCGGGGAGGCUUGUUGGUUUCCUGCAUCCUGGGGUGCACUGGGCUCUUGGCCCCCCCCAGGCCCAGAGACUCCUCAUGGCAUUGCUGCCGAGCUGAUCUUCCCUGCGGCCUUUCCUCUGACCCCGCAGCUUGCUCGGAUACCUCUCCUGUCAUGGAGCCUCCCUGCCAGGCCUGAGUCUCCUGGGGAAGGUGCCGAGGGCAGUCAAAUCCAAGACUCGAGCUCACGCAGUAGUUGAAGCCGCUCCGCUGUGUUUGUACCGUGGCAGCGUCCUCCCCAUGACAGCAACUGAACGUGCUCAUGGCUUUGCUCAGACCCCCCGGCCCUCUCCGGGCGGGAGGUUGAUCUGCUCCAGUCUGUGCUUCCAGCGUGGUUGGGGGGUGAGCACGGAGAUUGUCACAGCAGCUGGAGGGACUGGUCCUUUCUGUGAGCAAGUGGGAGAGCUGAUGUGUUCCUGGUGCCACUUGAUGCUGUAGCCUGACAGGGAGUGAUGCAGCCCUAGGAAACCUGUCCCACAGCAAUUGCUGGCUCGGGGCUGCUGGUGCGACUUGUGCAGGGACGAGCAGGAGACCUGCCCAGCACAGGAGAGCUCUCGCUUCUCACUUUGUGUGUUGUGGUUUGGCAGGUGGCUGCAUGGAGCCUCCCCCUCAAUGCAGUCCCUGUGCACCUUGCAGGGCUCAGAUGACACCAUGCAAUGCAGCUCUUUGCUGGGCUGAGGCAGGGCGUGGCUGCAGAGCUGCUGUGGCAUUUACUUGAUUGAUCCUGCUACCCCACACUGGGUGGGCUUUGGCAGGCAAACCCUCCCCAGCCUGUGAGCUUAGCAAGGGGCAUGUGUCAGAGGAGCGAGAUCUGAGAUUUCCAGUGCUACCUUUGGAGUUGCUCCAGAGGUAGCACUGGAAAGUUGUUUCUUUCCAGCCAGACCCACCUGCCUUGCUGCCACCGUGCUCCAUCUUCUCAGUCCCUGGAAUACCUGCUGUGCAGAUGGCUUGGCUGUGGCUUUGGCACUCCAUUGCCUGAGCUGCAGAACGUGCUCCUUUGUGGUGCGGAGCGGAGCAGGUAUGCAAUGGGUGGCUCCAGAGGUGCAGCUCGUUGUGUGACUCUCUCUGCACCAUCACAAGCUGAUACCAAACAGCAUUUUUCCAAAGGAUCCAGUUGAUCCAGAGCUGCAUCUCAGAGCUGGGAGGAGUCAUCCCUCCAGGGCUGUCCCUAUGCAGCCACGGGGCGGGUGGGUGAGAACAGCCAGGAGCUGAGGAGCAGGAAGGGGAGCACAGUCAGGCUGUCAUGAGCAGUGGCCGUGGGUGCUCACCGGGCCCUGGCUGAGGUCAUCACUUCCCAAACUGACACUGCCUCAAGGAUGCUGCUUUGGUGGGGGGAGCUGGGCUGGAGUGAAGAGGCUUCAUGAACUGCUGCUGGAAUUGACAGUACGGCUGGGUUUGAGAGGCUGGGGAGCUGCUACUUUGCUGUUUCCUGGUGGUGUGAUCCUGCCCUGCUCUGUCCAGCCCUGCUAUGUCACCCUGCAGCUGGUACCACUCACAGGCCAGAUUCCAGCAGGCCAGCCUGCCUGAGGCCAUGGAUGCUCCACUACGGCAGCAGUGCUCUGGGGUUGUGGGGUGGGAACUGGGCAAUAUGGGCAAAAAGUUAACACUUGUACAGUGCUGUGGCCGUGACUGUUAUAUCUGGAUUUCCCCUCUUGUGAGCCAGAGUCAGAUCUCUUGAGGUUACAGAUGUAGCUGGGUUUGUCCCUGAUUUGGGAAGGAGGAGGCUGGAUCAAGGACAUUGGAGAUGUGAUGCUGGUUGUUUGCAAGUGGAAGCGGGUCUGGAUGUGCACGGGUGGCCCCGUUGCCACGUCCUGUGCUCCUCUUGUGGGUGUGUGUUCUCUUUAGAAGCCAAUUGUCUGCGUUUUAGCAACAAACAUAAUAGGAAAUGAGGAGGAAUGAGCUUCUGCUGUGGAGUUGUUGCUUGUGGAGCAGACUGUGGAAUUGCUUGGGUAGUAGAAGAGGUAGAAUGUUUCCCCAAGAAUUUCCCAAAAUCUGAGUUGAUUUUAAAUAAUGUUUUCACUUCUGAGCCUGAGACUCUAGUCUCAGAGUUUUCCCUUCCCCCUCUGCCAAGUCAGUGGUUUGUCACCUUAGUGUGUGCACCUGUUUCCCAGGGGAAGGUGGGUCAGAAGAGCAAUCCCAGUGGUCCCACCACCCUCCAGAUUUGUGGACUGUGUGCCUUGUUUUACUGUCUGUUGGACAGCAGCGGGCAGGGCAGAGCAAAGAACAGAUGGACAUGACACCUGAGGCAGCUGUUGCUUGCUCCCACCUGUCUUCCUCCAGAUGGAGGGAACACAGAGCCAUUCAUUCCUGCUCCAUGCAGGGGUGGGUGCUGGCAGGGGGCAGGGAGCUUGGAGCAGUGUCCUGCACCCCUGUGCUGUGUGGCUGUGGCCAGGCCAGCACUGCCCAGGUCUGUGCCUGGCUGCAGGAGGCACUGCACAUGACUUGUGUCCCACCUGGACGAAGGGACAGCUGUCCAGAGGGGAAUUGUAUCUGAGGAAGUUCUUGCCCUCCUGUAGAGGAUGGAGUUUGGCCUUGCUUUUAGCUUGGAUCCUUCACCUCCCCGUGUUCUGUGCUUUUUUUGAUUUUAGAGGUCUGAGUGGUUGCCCGUGUGCUCCUGUGAGUGCUGAUCUGUCCCGCAGCUCGUGAGGGCUAUGUGGUGCUGGUGCCCAGCUGCUUUUGGAAAGGUCUGAGGGAGGCUGAGUCGGGAGGGGGAAGUGCUCCCCUCUUCUCAGGAGGUCCCCCAGGCUGCCACAGCUUGGGACUCCUUGCUGAGGUCAGCCCAUCUUUGGGGUACAGGUGGCUGCAACAGGUACAGAGCUCUGGUGUGGGGUCAGGAGUGGAGGUAGAAGGUGUGUUUCAGAGGAGGUUUUGUUGCUUUGCCAUGCUCAUUUGGGAAAAACAAAAAAAAAAGUAAUAAUACUGCUGCUCUGUUUUUGCCUGUCUGUCCCUCUUCUGCUGCCCCCCUUGCACCCCUGAUGGGGGUCCCUUGAGUUUUGGGAACUGCUCGGGACUGGUUGACUGUACUGUAACAAACUGACGUGUUUAACCUCAGUGUCCUGCCAUGUGUCUGCAUGGCAGUGCAGAGGGGGCCUUCUAGCUGUUAAUGCCUUUCCAGUUAUUUUGUCAAAAA